AUGCAAGCUUCUGCAACGGUGCGAAAGCCGAGACCAUCUAUAAUUGACAAAGGUGUUGCAAUAAUGAAGAGAUCGGCUGGUAGUGGUUACGCAGCAUCUCCAUCGGCUACGGCGAACGAGGAUCAAGAUGUAUGGAUGUAUGUUGGAAUUGAAGGUUUCGAAAAAGGCUCGCAUAAGGGUGCGAUGACCAGAGCGGGAAUUGAUUAA